AUGGACUUGGGCAAGCCCCAGUCCCAGCCGAGCCCAGCACUGGGCUUUGAAGGACUGGUCCCAGUUAUCCACACCUCCGGUCAGAUGAAAGGAGGACUGAUUGACCCUGGUUUUCAUGAGAGUUGGCGAGUCCAGUGGCUAUCAAGGGCACUAGUGCAUAGGGGUGUUCGGUUCCGGCUAUGGAUAUAUGAUGCUUUGGAUAAUCUAAGGAGUUUGGUAGAGCAGAAGGACAGAUCAAAGAUAUGCCAGAUGGUUAAUUGGAAAACAAAAAACAUUUCGACUUCGGAGGAGUUAAACAACAUUUUGAACGAAAUGGUUACUGUCUCUGAGAGGAAGGAAGAUUGGUAUACAAAUCUCUUUGGCUUCCUCAAGGUGCCUAUUCUUGUACUCGAAGAACCACUGUUUGUAGUGUUUAAUGAGGUAGAGUUGAAGCAGGAGGUUACAUCAAAUGAACCAGAAUCUAACUGCCCUGUAUCUGGAGUGGCCAAUUCAGAAGCUCAUUUCGAUUCCAUAUUGAGUCAGCUUGAUGGCAGAGUGAAUGAUAUAGAAGAUGUCAUCACAGUUAUAGUAGCUGAAACGACCAUUGCAGCUGAUAAAGUCACUAUAAUCCUAGCCUUUCCAUGGAUAUUACGUGGUUGUAUAAUUCGGAAAGGUCUAUUAACUAGAAAUCCUUUCAGUAACCCCAUAAAGGCAAAGCUCAAACCUGAAAAGACUUUACCAAUGUCGUUCAAUAUAAACAUGACCUGUUCUUGGGAUCCAGACAUUCAGGCAACUUUGUUCACGUGGUAUAAUUCGAUUGCAGAUGAAGACAUGAGAGAUGUUUUAUGUUGUGGGGGCCGUGACGAAAAGCACGUUCCGAUCUACGCUUUUAACCCUCGGCCAAUGGAGCACCCAGGCUUGACAAAGGCUGAAAGACGGAAGAUAUGUGGGCUGAUGGAUGUCAGAAAACUGACAAUAGAUACAUCUGUGCACGCGGCGCUCAAUGGACGACUGCCACUCCGAGUUGUGGUGCAAGUUCUCUUUUUUGAGCAGGUUAGAACUGCUGCAGGGGUUCAUGCCCCUAACAACAAUCCCCGUGAUGCUUCACACUCCACAACAAACACAGAUGAAGAGUGGGAGAAAGCAACAGUGGAAGAUGACCGCAGAUCCCUCAAGAAACAGAUGAGUCGAAUGAAGGUGGACAUCCGAUCAUCGUUCAUUUCACAUGGAUGGACGUCUAUCUUUGAUGGAUGUUCGUCUAAUAAUAGAAAACACAAACAUGGGAGGCUCUUUUCCUUCUCCCUCCUCUCUUUUCUGCCUCUUCUCAUACUCUUCUCCAUCCUAAAUGCUAAACCAGCUAAGGGGUUUCCUCUCUCCACCAACUCGAGAUGGAUCGUGGACGACCAAAGCGGGCAACGAGUGAAGUUAGCAUGCGUGAAUUGGGCGUCACAUCUCGAACCAGUUGUUGCAGAGGGACUUAGCAAGAAGCCGGUGGACGUCAUCUCCAAAGGGAUUUUGGCUAUGGGAUUCAAUUGUGUUAGGUUCACUUGGCCAAUCUAUUUGGCCACCAAUGAUUCCUUGGCCUUUCUCACAGUCAGACAGUCUUUUCAGAAUCUUGGUUUGACUGAAGCCAUUGCCGGUAUUCAGACAAACAACCCCUCUAUCAUUGACCUUCCCCUCAUAGAAGCCUUCCAGGCAGUGGUAUCCAACCUUGGGGACAACAAUGUGAUGGUGAUAUUAGAUAAUCACAUAACAAAGCCAGGUUGGUGCUGCAGUAACACUGAUGGCAAUGGAUUCUUUGGCGACCAGUACUUUGAUCCGCAACUGUGGAUCAAUGGUCUCACCAAAAUGGCUACUCUGUUUAAUGGAGUCACUAAUGUUAUUGGCAUGAGCUUGAGGAAUGAACUCCGAGGCCCCAAACAGAAUGUAAAUGAUUGGUACAGAUAUAUGCAGAGAGGAGCUGAAGCAGUGCAUUCAGCAAACCCAAAUGUUCUUGUUAUUCUCUCCGGCUUAAAUUUUGACAAAGACUUAUCAUUCAUUCGCAACCAACCAGUGAGUCUCACGUUUACUGGGAAGACAGUAUUCGAGGUACACUGGUAUAGUUUUACAGAUGGGCAGGCAUGGGUAAAUGGUAAUCCAAAUCAAGUGUGCGGGCGAGUGGUGAAUAAUAUGAAGGGUUCAUCAGGGUUUUUGUUGGACAAAGGGUGGCCAUUGUUGGUGAGUGAGUGGGGAGUGGAUUUAAGGGGAACCAAUGUGAAUGAUAAUAGGUAUUUGAACUGCAUCUUGGGUGUGCUAACUGAGCUUGACUUGGAUUGGGCAUUGUGGACGCUAGUUGGGAGUUAUUAUUUGAGAGAAGGGGUUGUUGGGUUAAAUGAGUAUUAUGGAGUAUUGAAUUGGAACUGGGGUGAGAUCAGAAAUUCAAGCUUUUUACAGAGAAUAUUAUUUCUUCAAUCUCCAUCUCGAGGACCCGGUUUAUCAGAAAGAUCUUUGCACAAAGUGAUUUUCCAUCCAUUAACAGGUCUCUGUGUCCUCAGAAAAUCAUACUUUGACCCUCUGAGGUUGGGUCCUUGUACCGACACAGAACCAUGGAACUACACACCCCAGAAGAUUUUAUACCUGAAGGGGACAUAUUUCUGCAUACAAUCAAACGGGUUGGGGAAGCCAGCUAAACUUGGCAUAAAAUGCACCAACUCUAAUACAAGAUGGGAAAUCAUAUCAGAUUCUAAGAUGCACCUGUCAUCUCAGGCAAAAGAUGGCACUACUGUUUGCCUGGAUGUAGACUCAAGCAACACCCUGGUUACAAAUACCUGUAAAUGUUUGGGUACAGAUAAAACAUGUGAUCCGGCAAGUCAGUGGUUCAAACUCGUUGACAGCACUAGAAGUUCAACUACAACUAAAUCAUUCUUACAGUUCAACCCGAGUUUGGAUUUACCUGGAAAAGAUUUCCUAUGGAAAUUAUUUGACUCGUUCUGAUGGCAGCUCUAAAUGCAACUAAUAGACAACCAGGACAUGGGAAUUUACAGUUGGAAAUGGCGAAAUGCAGAAUGCCGCCUCUACUAGAAAUCAAUUAAAGAAUUCUGGGUCAACCUCAUUAGUUAAAGAGUAAAUGCAAACCUAUUGUAAUUAAUUAUGUUGGUCAUUGCAUGGGACAUGACUCAUAGUAAAAAAUAAUCACCAUUGUACUUAUAAAUAAGGGUGUUUACAGUAUACAUACAUGAAG